AUGAAACAGACUCUUAGCGAACUGAUGAGGAUGAGCAGGAUAUGCCGGAUGGUAUUUGCCACCUGUUUGGGAUCCUUUAUUCUGGUCAUCUUUUAUUUCCAAAGUAUGUUCCAACCAGUCAUGAGGAGAAACCCCUUCGUGGUGGACGGCUGCUGUAGGAAGGGGUCACGCAACGCCCUGCAGGAGCUCUACAACCCCACACAGCCGGAGCUGUCCGGAGCAGCCGUCCUCCACCAAGCCAGGAGGGAUCAGGUUGUGGAUGCCUGUCGAGUCUACAGUGCGUCCAGCCGUAAGCGCAGAGUCCUGACACCCGGAGACCUCAAACACCUUGUGGUGGACGAGGACCACGAGCUCAUCUACUGCUAUGUCCCCAAGGUGGCCUGUACCAACUGGAAACGCGUCAUGAUGGUGCUCACAGGCCGGGGCAAAUACAGUGAUCCAAUGGAAAUCCCAUCCAGUGAAGCCCACGUUCCCUCCAACCUGAAGACUCUGAACCAGUACAGUAUUGCUGAGAUCAACCACCGCCUCAAGAACUACCUCAAGUUCCUCUUUGUUCGCGAGCCCUUCGAGAGGCUGGUCUCCGCAUACCGCAACAAGUUCACCCUCAAGUACAACUCGUCCUUCCACAAGCGCUUCGGCACCCGCAUCAUCCGGCGCUACCGCAAGAACGCCACACAUGAAGCCCUGCUCAACGGUGCUGAUGUUAAAUUCAAAGAAUUCACUGAGUACCUGGUGGACCCGGCCACGCAGCGCGAUGGCCCACUCAACGAGCACUGGCAGACCGUGUACCAGCUUUGUCACCCAUGUCACAUCCAUUACGACCUGGUGGGCAAGUAUGAGUCACUGGAAGAAGACGCAAACUACUUAUUGCGGCUGGUGGGUGUUGGAGACUCCCUGCGCUUCCCGAGCUACGCCAAGUCCACUCGUACUACCGAUGCCAUGACAGCCCAGUUCUUCAGCAAUAUCAGCACUCAGCAGCAGAUCCAACUCUCCCAGCUUUACAAGUUGGACUUCCUCAUGUUUAAUUACUCCACACCCAGCUACCUCCGGCUGGACUAAUGGAGGACAGGGCUGGGACUCUGAGAAUGUCUGCCUUGUUUAAGGAGUGGCAACAAAAUGAGUGAUGGGCAGAAUUUUUUGGAAGCAAACUUGAUUUUAAAAAACUGUUGUCCUACCUUGCA